AUGCAUUCUGCUGCUAUAGUGCAUAAUGUGGGACAUAGACAAGGUGUGCUAUCUUUGUAUAGAUCUCUUCUUAGGAAUAUAAACAAGAUCCAGAAUGGUUCAUUUCAGUAUCCCCUAUCGCAGAGUAUGCCAAAUUCAUUCCCUAUGAGCCAAGAAAUCAAGAAAUAUAAUUUGAAUCUGGAGCUUUACUUGAAGUAUAUGCAAUCUGAAUUAAGGCGAUCGAUCCAACUAGAGUUCCGCUCCAAAAAGAAACUGGAGCAGCAGGAUAUCAAUAAGAUUCGAGACAAAAUAGAAAGUGGAAUUGAGUUAGAUUCGGUUUUGGAGGCUUUAAACACCAACAAAGUUGAUAAUAUACGGCCAUUUUAUGAUUUGCUUUCCAUUGUCAUUCUGUUCAGGAAUAUCAAAAUCAAUGAACAGCAUUGGAGAGCAGAAUACCUCCAAGAUCCGGAAGCUAUAGAUUCAGAAAGAAAGAAAGAAAUGUCUCCUUUACAAGCUAAAAGAUUUGAUACGAUUAAACAAAGGGAAAAGUCCAUUAAACAGAACUCCAAAUCCAUCUCCAAAUUGCAUCAUGAAAGAGACAAAUUGAAAAGAGUACGAGAAGAGAGAAAGCAGAGUCAUUUGAACUCAUUGAGAGUGCUUCAGCGCUACUUCAAGAAGUUGCAAGGGUACCAUUUAAUACCAAAUCCCAGUCUUCUUCCUUAUACACCAGAAGAAAUAGACAUCGUAGAUGUAGAACACUCACCAAUGGUUAAGGAAAAGACUCUAAUGGAAGCAUAUGAUUGGGAGUACAUAGAGGCUAUAAUCAAGCCAGGUCUUGCCUAUGAUAUAAACUUCCAUCAUUACUAUGAAAAUUACAAACAUAUUGUUGAAAAGAAGGGCCCAUAUAAAGUUCAUAUUAGAACCACCGAGGCAGGACCACUUCCUAUGCCAUAUUUGGAACUUCCAUUCCCAAGGUUGGCUGAAAUGAAGCAGAUUGCGCUAGAUAUCAAAAGGCUGUUGAAGCUAUUUCGUUUGAAAAUGGUAUGGGAAGUCACCCAGCAGACUAUGUCACAAAUUACCGAACCAAAGUUCAAGGAUGGUAGUUUCAAUGUGAAGGGGAGCAAAGGCUUCAGAACGGGACCCCGUACGGAUGGAGAUGAAGAAAGAGUAUUUCCCAAAUCUCACUAUGAAAAAUGGUGCAAAUGGGAAGCUGAUUGGGAAUAUUCGAUGGAAUUAGAAAGAGGGGGAGAUCGCUCUGGAUCCAGCAGAGCUUUCUUUGUUAGCCAAUGGAUGGAGUCUUUGGACAUCUCCAGCCAGUACUUGGAUAGAGAAUUAGCUUUUUAUUUUACUCAUUACAAGGAUUUGGUUAAAGAUCCAAAUUCCCAAAUAUACCAGGAUCAAAAAAAGUACCAGGAAAUUAUGGAUCAGCAUUAUGACAACUUACUCAAGACUUAUAGGGCCAUGCUGAAAGAAUUAGUCAAGUCUAAGCUAUUCAAACAUGGAGAACUUGUUAACGGUAAUAGUAUUGGGAAUGACAAAACGUUCAAGGACUUGGUACUGGUGGAAGAUUCGAGAAGUCGUCAUAGCAAAGUUGGGGGAAUACCUGAGCUUGAAAGGAUUGGCAUGAAAAUGCAAUUGGGAGACUAUCUACUGAAAUAUGGUUUGAAAAACUUCCAAUGGGGGUAUAAGUUUGAUAAAAAGUUUAAAUUCUAA